GGGGCGCUGUUCUAAAGCGCGAAUUUCUAAAACUGGAAUGAGUUGUGUGAAUGUGAUGAAGAUUAAUUUUGUCCUAUCAAUUCAUUUUUGGCUGAAAUUGAGAGGUUGUUUUUCAAUUCCAAAUACUUGUAUGCACUGUUAACAUAGAUGGGAAUAUGUCUGAUAGUCGAAGAUCAUCCAGGGCCAAGAAAACAGUGACUUAUUCAGGAUUUAAUGAAGGGGACGAUAGUGAUGAUGACUUUGCUCGAGCAACUCCGCCCCCCUCCAAGAGGACAAAGUUGGAGAAGAAAGACAAAGUGUCCAAGAUCAAAACGGGGUCUGCCAAGACGGAAAGUAAAGAGAAGAAGUCUGAAGCAUUGACAGAUCACGUGAAUGUUACAAGCAGGGGUCCUAGAAAAGAAAGAGUUUCUCCAGAUGAUAAAGUGUUCGACCGGGAGAUGCAGCUAGCUCUGGAAAUAUCCAUGCAGGCUUCCCAAGAAGCACAGACAAACGAAUCAACAACAAACAAACAGACAGUCGGCAGGACGAAGGACAUAGAAGCGCAGAUACAUACAGGAUCAACAACAAAAACACCCCUUCCUGGCAGUUCUUCUGACAACGCCCAAUCAGAAGACAAAGAGAAUGUGGCUGUCAAGCCGACCAGGCCAUCCACCUCCUUCCCAGAGCCCAGUGAUGAGAUCAUACUGGUAGAGAGCUUGGAUGAGGAUGAGGUUGCAACAGGUAGGAGAAAGAGAAAAGCGGCCAAGGAUGCGGUUGCUAAGCAACGGGAGAUGGCAAGUGGAGAGAGCGACAGAGUUGAUGAUGAUGAAGAUGAAUUCAAAGCAGACACUGGCGAUGACAGCAGUUCAGAUGACUAUGAUGCUGGCGACGGUGACAGUGAUUAUGAAGAAUUCACCUCAUCCAAGAAGACGACGAAAACAGCAAAGAGUAAAGGGAAGAGCCCAAGAUCUACGGAGAGAGGCAAGAAGACUGGCGGCGGAGGAGGAACCAAGAAGACAUCGGGAGACAAGAAACCUAAACCAGCGACUAAAGUCACCAAAACUACAAACUCCACACCCAAGGCAUCAACCCCCGUCACACCCCUGGCCAGACGCCCACCCGCAACCGGGCCCGUCAGAGGCUUCACACCCCCAGCCAUGACUGGAGUGAAGAAUUCACAGCAAACAAACCAGAGGGCGCUACCGUCACCGGCCGCCGUCAGAAAACCAUGGUCCUCGCCUUCCAUUUCCAGUGAGGCCAACCCUUUGGGCGGAGUCAAGUUAGUCUCUCCCGGUCAGCCGCUUCGACUCGGUCUCUCCAGAAAUGUACGCAUCAAACCACUGCAUCCCAACGCUAAGGUGCACUGACGGCUUGAACAGAGACUAAGUGCCUGUGUGCAUAUAUUGAAAUAACUGUUGGAGAUUGGUUUAAUAGCAAACGGGUAUCACUCAAAGAGGAUACGGCUUUUGGUUACAUGAUACAGGUUUACGGCUUCUGACUAGCGCCCCUUGGACAAAGACAUUGACAAAUUGGGGAACCGCCAACAUAGGGCUGGAUAGCUCAUUUGGUAGAGCACCGGAACGGCAAUCCAGAGGUCACAGGUUCAAACCCUGCUCCAGUCAAUUUCUUUGUUCAACUUUGAAAAUGAUAAUAACAAACCUAGUCAGUUUCCUGUAGUGCUGAAAUUGGUUUAAUACACCUUGUUUUGCUCAUAGACAAUUUGUCUAGAGCUACUGAGCGUGGUAACUCUUCAAAUUUGAAAAAUCCCGAGAUGACCGCAGAAAAAUUCCCAAGAUUUCCCAAGAUAUCAGCAUUAUGUUUCAAAACAGCACAGACCCUAUUUGUAUGUAAAUGGGGAUCACAAGGUGCGUCAGUUAUCAUUUUGCACAUGCGCAAUCCAUACUUUAGGGUGUUCUCAAUACGCAAAAAAACCUAGAGCUCAGGGAAACGUUCUCAAGCCCUGGCCUCAAUUCCCAAGAUCUUGGGCAAAAUCCCAAGGAGUGACCACGCACAUGCCGCUGUGUAGAUCCGGGCCAGUUACAACUGACAACAGACGUAGAUGUAUACCGGAGCUUGAGGUUUGAAUCCCUUUUGCAGUUUUUCCAAAACAAAAACAAAAAAUUGUAAAUAAUUUGUACAUGAAGUAUUAACUUUGAUAAAUAUACAGGAAAAGCAAACGGCAAGGAAUACAUUUUUUUUUCCUUGUAGCUUCAUCAAGUUUUACUGUUUUCUGACCUUCAAUAUAUUUAUCGUGUAUAUACAUAGAUUUGCUUUUUAAAGGUAGUGUGUAAGAUCGAUUAAAAGCUUUGGGAGAAAUUGUUAAUUUACAUGAUUUAUUGAUAAAUAAUUUUCAAUAGAUUGAUCAUUAAGCCACGCCCACUACAUAUUCAGCCCCACCCACUGCACACUAAGCCCCACCCACUGCACACCUGGGCAACAACAUGUGAGCCUCUCCAAUGCCACACUGCAUGUGAUUGGUCAGCACACCAUGGGGCGGGGCUUAAUGGAUUAUCUAUCCAUCAACCUUUAAACUUCAAAAUCCUCCACUGUGCAGGAACCCAGUGGCACACUCUUUGUACCUACCAAGUUUCAAGGAGCAUCAAGCUCCAUGUAAAGUAAUAUUGGCUGGGGUCUACCUUCCUCAAUCCUACAAAAUCCUCCACUGUGCAGAAACCCAGUGGCACACUCUUUGUACCUACCAAGUUUCAAGGAGCAUCAAGCCCAAUGUACAGUAAUAGUAGCUGGGCUCUACCUUCCUCAAUCCUACAAAAUCCUCCACUGUGUAGGAACCCACUGGCAAGCUCUUUGUACCUACCAAUUUUCAAGGAGCAUCAAGCUCCAUGUAAAGUGAUAGUGGCUAUUAGUUUUACCUUUCUUAAUUCUUCAAAAUCCUCAAAAUAAUUCCUGGUGGAUUUAAAGGAUCUGUAAGGGUUAAGGCCGGUUAAUACUUCAAAACCAAAAUGAACGUGAAUUUGUGACGUCAUGGCAAGUUUUCACGGUGCAAAUUUGAAAAGUUGAACUCGGCAAAUUUCACAGCUGAUGUUUCGCGACUUCAAAUUCAAUUCACAUACCUGUGAAGUCAGAACCAGUCUUCUGGGUAAAUAUGUAAUCAUUGUCAUGAGGUUAAAUUUUUUUCAUCAGGUUUCUAAAUUGGAACCAUACAUGUAGGUUAAUCUGAGGUUUGUGUUUAAUAAAGGAGGAACACUCAACUCACAUAUCACCUUUUCA